GGGCUGAUGCUGACCUGGUGGUUCUGGAUCGGUUUCUGAUGUAUGAUGUGUUGCAGACGGCGACCUCCGAGGACCCAGCCGGAUCAGAAUACGACCCCCACGCCAUGUAUGGAAGUAGCUUUGUGGUUCCAGUUUGUGGCUUCGUGUGUCGACUCUGCAACAAGUUCUUCUACACAGAGACUGCAGCGCGACACACACACUGCCGGACACACACACACUACCUGAACCUGCAGAGGAGGGGGAGGAGGGAGGAGAGCAAUGAAGGUGACGUCACCUGACCGGAGGCCCACGCUGCACCUGUGCACCAGGUGAUGAUGGAGGGAGGACGAUGCCCCGCUGAGCUCCAGCCAGACAGGUGAUCACCUGCUCAGGCUCAGGGUGCGUCGCUGACACCUGCUGGCUGCUGCUGGAGCUGCAGCUGCACGUUAGGUCACAUGACCAGCUGUUACAUCUGCAAUAAACGAGUCUCACAGUCGAGUCUGUGACGAGAACUGUU